AUUUUCAGACAUGAUGGCACAAAGUGGAAUGUCUUUGCGGCCACUGAAAGAUGAUAUCAUUUAGGCUGUAAAAAUAUAACAAACAAAAAAAUGGGAAGCUUUGGUGAGGGAUUGACAAGUCCCGAAGUGGAAAUUGCCGAAGGAGGAGUUAUUAUAGAUAGUAAAACACGUUUUGCCGACUUAAAAGCAAUGUUAGAUAGCUCGAAGGAUAACUUGAAGAUGGAUGCUAUGAAGCGAAUCAUAAACCUGGUAGCGAAAGGGCGUGAUGUAUCGGAGCUAUUUCCUGCAGUCGUUAAGAAUGUUGCUGCUAAAAAUCUUGAGUUAAAAAAAUUGGUUUUCGUUUAUUUGGUGAGAUAUGCUGAAGAGCAGCAAGAUUUGGCACUUCUUUCAAUCAGCACUUUUCAGCGCGCUUUAAAAGAUCCCAAUCAACUUAUUCGGGCAAGCGCCCUACGUGUUCUGUCAAGUAUUCGAGUACCUAUGAUUGCUCCAGUAAUGUUGUUGGCUAUACGUGAAUCUGUCCGUGACAUGUCCGCAUAUGUUCGAAAAGUAGCUGCACAUGCAAUACCGAAAUUGUAUUCACUUGAAGAAAAUUUACAGCCGGAACUGAUCGAAUGUAUUGACUAUCUUCUCGGUGAUAAGCGUACUCUUGUACUCGGCAGCGCAGUAUACGCUUAUGAAGAAACUUGUCCAGAUCGAUUUGACUUACUUCACAGACAUUACCGUACUUUGUGUAAGGCUAUAGUGGAUGUGGAUGAGUGGGGACAGGUGGUAAUGAUUGGAUUACUGACUCGUUAUGCACGCAGUCAGUUUGUUGCACCAUUGGAAGCAGUUGAUCCAGAUCUUACGCUUCUCCUUUCAUCAUGUCGUCCACUGCUACAGAGCCGAAAUUACGCUGUAGUUAUGGCUGUUGCCCAAUUAUUUUAUCACUGCGCACCAUCCUCACAACUAUCGAUUAUCUCACGCGCGCUGGUCCGGCUGUUACGUGGCCCGCGUGAAGUACAGAAUGUUGUACUUGUGAACAUUGCAACGAUUUGCGCAACUAACCCGAAUAUGUUCGAGUCAUUUCUGAAAAGUUUUUUCAUACGCCCGGCAGAACCGAAGCAUAUCAAAUUGCUGAAACUACAAGUUUUGACCUCGUUGGUCUCAGAAACAAGUGUGCAGCUGGUUCUUCGUGAAUUACAGACCUACGUUGGCAUGGCAGAAAUGGCAGAUGCUGCGAUAGAAGCAAUAGGACAGUGUGCUAUUCGUGUCAGUUCUGUUGCUGAUUCAUGUCUCUCCGGACUAGUAUCCCUAAUUGCUUCAUCGAACGAAAACGUUGUUUCUGCUGCUGUUGUCGUUUUAAAAAGACUGUUGCACACGAAUCCACCCUUACAGUUACUUACACGCGUACUUCGUCUUAUUGAUUCUGUCAAAGCACCACAGGCUCGGGCAUGUGUGAUUUGGCUUGUUGCAACACAUGUUGAUAAAGUUUCAACUCUAGCACCAGAUGUUUUGCGCAAAAUGGCUAAAAGUUUCACGCAUGAAGAUGAGAUGGUAAAACUGCAAACAAUGACUUUGGCAGCAAAGCUAUGGUUCACAAAUCGUCAGGAAUGUGAAUUACUAGUGCAACAUAUAAUGCAGUUGGCUCGGUUCGACCAAAGUUACGAUAUUCGUGACAGAUGUCGAUUUUUGCGAAAUCUGAUCUUCAGCAAUAAUAAAUUAUCUAUAUUUGGUACCGAAAUAUUUAUUACCGAGAAACCGUCACCAACUACACAGAGCACUUUCAAAGACCGUGAGCAAUUCCAACUAGGAAGUCUAUCACACUUUCUCAACCAGCGUUGUAGACGAUAUCGCGAUUUACCACAGUUUCCGGAAGUUGCACCCGAUUCUUCCAUACGAAAUACAAGUCAGAUGGAAGAAUUAAGUGAUGAUAUGCGAGUUAUUGAUGAAAACGAAGACGAUGAAAGUGAAAACGAAGAUUUUUAUUCUGGCGAUGAAGAACAGAGUGAGCAAGAAGAAGGAAGUGAUGAGGAAGAGGAUGAAGGUGAAAGUGAUGAGGAGGAUGAAAUUGCAAAUGACGAAGAAGACAGAAAGGAAGGUAAAAGUGAUGAAAGCGAAGAAGGUCGGGUUUCCGCAAUAGCUGAGCCAAAAAUGUCUGGAAAUCUUGAUCUUUUGCUGGAUUUAAAUUUUGAGUUAACACCGAUUUUUGCUAAUAAUUGUGUCGCUGGACCAGAAUUGGUGAAAACGUCGUUUAUGCCACUCGUGAAUCAUACAGUCUGGUCCGCUGGGAUCGGUAUUGAUAUUUGUUUUCCACGUGAAACAUCGCCAAUAUCGUCGUCAAUGUGUGCUGUUUUAUUUAGAUUCACAAACAGUUUGGAAACGGAAUCUGCAGAAAUCACAGCUUUCCCGAAGGUCAUAGACCAAGCGUCAACUGGUGACCAAAUUAAGGUGAGCAGAUUAUCACCUGGUGAAAGUGUCAUUAAGAAAGCCUACAUCGACUUUGCUGAUAGCAAACGGGCAUCUGAAUGGGUUAUCAGCGCGAGAGAUACCAAUGAAAUAAUAAUCAGCAUUGAAGCUCCAAUGGGCGAACAGAUUGAACCAAUAACAAUGACAGAAGAACAGUUCAUUAACGGGAUUUUGCGUCUUAGUGGAAUGAACGAACAUUGCGGAAAUCUGAAGGAGCCUUUGAGGCCGGAAGAGUUGUAUGCUGUUGCAAACUGUACCAAUGUUAACAGUUCCGAAGCUCAUUUCUGUGCGCAGACCCUGUCUAAAAAGCAGCAGGUACUGAUUGCUCUGGAUUCAAAACAAGUCCACGUACACUGCGAGAAUAUUGUGCUUGGCGCACUGCUUUGCAAUGAUAUUGUCAAGAAAUCUUUGGAAACAGCACUGGCAUCAAAUCCUUGAGAAAUAAAUACUGCUAAUUUGUUUUUCCUCUCACCUCUCAAACAAUUCUUCCUUUUGCAAAAGAGAACAUAAAGACAGUGCUGUCA